UGGAGCGGACGCGCGAAGUGGGGGCGCACUCCUCAGCCAUCAUAAACCCUGCUCGUGAGAUGCGCAGCUGUGACUGAGAGCAGCAUCGGACACAUCGCCCACCUCCACUUCACGCUUGGGCUUCCUUUGCACAAACUCUGACUAGUUUUAGUUGAAGGACAGUUUUUUUUUUUUUUUGCGCCCGUUUGCCUUUUUUUGGCACCCGCGUCUCCUCCACCAAGAGCGGAGGCACAUUGUCUGUGGCGCAGCGCGACAGUGCGGUGUCCGAUUACAACCCGUGCGCCGAGGAGCCACCGGCACAGAGCGCUCCUCUGUGGGGCAGAAAUAGCACACAGGACUCCGGAGGGACGAGAGAGAGCUCAGAGGGAUCUCUGCAGAGAGAGAAAGGAGUUUUACUGAGGUCGAUUUGUGGCAAGAGACGCAGCGGAACGGAGGAUAUAUCAUCUUCAGCUCAUCUUUAUCUUUUUGUUUCUCCGUAACACUCUUCUCACCGGGACAAGACACGCAGCUUCGCUCCCUACUAGAUGAACCGGAGUUGGGCACCUCACUUGGUGUGUCUCUCAUGCUCUUGGCCCCUGAGGCCUGAAGAGAAGUGAGCCAAGCCCAGGCCCCCAUGGGACGCCCUGUUACCCAGCAUGCACUGCUGCUGCUGCAGUGCAUGCUGGUCCUGCGGCCCGGAGGCGUGGCCAGUAGGAGAGGGCCCGUGCUGCUGCCUGAAUCACCCUGUCACAAGACGGAGCACCCGCUCAUCCCACACUCAGAGAUGGAGCCGUGGAUGUUCAGGUUCAAGGCAGAGGGCACAGUGGAUUACUCACAGCUGACCUUCGACCCCGGCCAGAACGAACUGAUCGUCGGUGCCAGAAAUCACCUCUUCAGGCUCAAUCUGGAGGACCUGACACUGAUCCAGGAGGCUGAGUGGCACUGCGAUGAGUUUACCAAGGGAGCCUGCUUUAGCCGUGGAAAGUCUGAGGAGGAGUGCCAGAACUACAUCAGGGUGCUGCUGGUGAAUGGGAACAGGCUGUUCACCUGUGGAACCAACGCCUUCACCCCCAUCUGCACCAACCGAACGCUGACAAAUUUGACAGAGAUCCAUGAUCAAAUCAGCGGGAUGGCUCGGUGUCCUUACAACCCUCUCCACAACUCCACUGCCCUCAUCACCUCCAGCGGGGAGCUUUACGCUGCCACGGCCAUGGACUUCUCCGGGCGAGACCCUGCAAUCUACCGCAGCCUGGGCGGCCUGCCACCGCUGCGCACUGCUCAGUACAACUCCAAGUGGCUGAACGAACCGAACUUCGUCUCCUCCUACGAUAUCGGCAACUUCACCUACUUCUUCUUUCGGGAAAACGCGGUGGAGCAUGACUGUGGCCGGACAGUGUUUUCCCGUGCGGGGCGGGUAUGUAAGAACGACAUCGGCGGCCGCUUCCUCCUUGAGGACACGUGGACCACCUUCAUGAAGGCCAGGCUGAACUGCUCCAGACCAGGUGAAAUCCCAUUCAACUACAACGAGCUGCAGGGAACGUUUUACCUGCCUGAGCUGGAGCUACUCUACGGUAUUUUCACUACCAACGUAAACAGCAUUGCUGCAUCUGCGGUGUGUGCCUUCAAUCUCAGUGCCAUAUCACAGGUUUUCAAUGGGCCUUUCAAGUACCAGGAGAACUCGCGGUCAGCGUGGCUGCCCUACCCCAACCCCAACCCAGACUUUCAGUGCGGCACCAUUGACUCCGGCUCCUACGUGAACCUGACUGAAAGAAAUCUGCAGGACGCUCAGAAGUUUUUGCUGAUGCAUGAGGUGGUCCAACCCGUGGUUCCCGUACCUUACUUCAUGGAGGACAACGUGCGCUUCACUCAUGUGGCAGUGGAUGUGGUGCAGGGGAAAGACAUGCUGUUUCACAUCAUUUACUUGGCGACUGAUUAUGGUACUAUCAGGAAAGUGCUCUCCCCUCUCAAUCAGUCCACGGGGAGCUGCCUAUUGGAGGAGAUCGAGCUGUUCCCGCCCAGAAAGAGACAGCCCAUCCGAAGCCUGCUGAUUCUGCACAGCCGCAGCGAGCUUUAUGUGGGUGUAAGAGACCAGGUCAUCAAGAUCCCUCUGAAGAGAUGCAGCUACCACAAGAGCAGAGAGGCCUGUGUGGGAGCCAGGGACCCAUACUGUGGUUGGGACCUGUUGUUGAAGAAAUGCACCACACUGGAGGAAAGUGUCAGGAUGAGUCAAUGGGAGCAGAGCAUCUCAAAAUGUCCUAUCCGAAAUGUGACUGUUGAUGGAGGCUUUGGCGCCUGGUCAGGCUGGUCCAUGUGCAGUCAUAACGACGGAGGCAGCGCCGGGUCCUGUUUGUGUCGGACACGAGCCUGUGAUAACCCCGCCCCUCAGUGUGGCGGCCAGCAUUGCUACGGCAUCAGUGUGGAGGUCGCCAACUGCUCCAGAAACGGAGCGUGGACUCCCUGGACCUCCUGGUCUCCCUGCAGCACCAGCUGCGGCAUCGGCUUCCAGGUCCGGCAGCGAUCCUGCAGCAACCCGACCCCUCGCCACGGUGGACGAGUGUGUGUGGGCCAGAACCGCGAGGAGAGGUACUGUAAUGAACACCUGCCCUGCCCACCGCAUGUCUACUGGUCGGCCUGGUCGGCAUGGGAACGCUGCACCGUGCCCUGCGGCGGAGGCAUCCAGUCACGGCGCAGAACCUGUGAGAACGGCAACGACUGUCCCGGGUGUGGUCAGGAGUACCAGUCGUGCAACACCCUGCCAUGUCCCGACCUGAAGAAGACCACUCCCUGGACUCCCUGGACGCCCGUCAACAUCUCCGACAACGGCGGCCACUAUGAGCAGCGCUUCCGUUAUACUUGCAAAGCUCGCAUACCGGAUCCCAGCCUGCUAGAAGUGGGCAGGCAGAGGAUCGAGAUGCGCUACUGUUCCAGCGACGGAUCCACCGGCUGCUCCACUGACGGAGAGGUGCUUCGUCUUGGGAGGAUCUCAGGCCACACGGUGAAUGGGGGCUGGACGUCCUGGAGUUCCUGGUCCCAGUGCAGCAGAGACUGCAGCCGGGGAAUCCGCAGCCGGAAGAGGACCUGCAGUAACCCAGAGCCCAGGUACGGAGGUCAGACCUGCCUGGGGCCAGCACAGGAGUAUCAGGAGUGUAACAUCACCCCUUGUCCAGUGGACGGCAGCUGGUCAUGCUGGUCUUCAUGGUCCAAGUGCUCUGUGACGUGUGGAGGGGGGCACUACAUGAGGACGCGCACCUGCAGCAACCCCCCGCCGGCUUACGGAGGGGACAUCUGCCUGGGUCUGCACACUGAGGAGGCACUGUGCAACACACAGUCCUGUCCAGAGAGCUGGUCCAGCUGGUCAGAGUGGUCCCACUGCGACUCCAACGGGGCCCAGAUGCGUGUGCGUCACUGUGAUGUCCUGUUUCCCACUGGAAACCAGUGCUCAGGAAACAACAGCGAGACCAGGCCAUGCUCCCCUGACUCCAAUUUUAUACCAGAAGUCUCGAUUGCACGCUCCAGUCAGGAGGAGAGGCGCUGUGGAGACUUCAACCUCUUCCACAUGAUCGCCGUGGGGCUCAGCAGCUCCAUCCUGGGCUGCCUGGUCACCCUGCUGGUCUACUCGUACUGCCAGCGCUACCAGCAGCAGUCGCACGACGCCACCGUCAUCCACCCGAUUUCAGCCGCACCGCUCAACACCAGCAUCACCAACCACAUCAACAAACUGGACAAAUACGACUCUGUGGAAGCCAUCAAGGCCUUCAACAAAAACAAUCUGAUUCUGGAGGAAAGAAAUAAGUACUUCAACCCACAGCUUGCCGGGAAGACCUAUACCAACGCAUACUUCACUGACCUUAACACCUACGAUGACUAUUAAGCCUUGAUUCGGCAGUUCAGACUCCAAACCGUGGUGGGGACACCAACCCCAUCAUCCAUUUUGACUGUAUUCUUUUCUUUGUGCUUUGUAUUGAGAUUCGUGACACCAUGCGUGGGAUAUUCCCACUCUCAGACUCUAUGGCAGCUUGUAUGUAAUGAAAACACAGACACACAGUGUUGCCAACAGAGGGAAACGCCCACUUUCUCUCAGGUGCCUUGGGGUACACUUGGAAAGCUCAUUUUUGGGGGGAAAAUCUUGCCUUGACUCUCUCUGAGAAACGGACAAAUGGAUUUCCCAAUGUGGAUUUAAAAAAAAGGGAAAAAUAAGAACUCAACUCAAAGAGACUGUGGGAAAUCUGAUCCCCUUUAAACUUUCCUGUGACGCCUCUAAAACAGACCUGUAUUUGUAAUGAUGGGAAGUAACCACAAAACCGCUUUGCAUGACUUCAUCUGACGUGUUUUCUCCGCCGUUCUGUUUCAUUUUUGCAUGGUUGAUCGCAUUCCAGGGUUUGGGGACUCGCGGCCAGCGUUUUUGUUUUCUCUGCUGGUCUUAGUUUCAGGACUGGUUUUAAAAGUCAUAAAAACAGAGACUGAGGUGAUGCCUGAUGGCUUUUGCCAUUUACUGCUGCAGUAAUCUCCAGAUGGAUCGAUAUCCACCCCCAGUCCUAGAAUCAGGAUGUAGAUAUUUGAAGACUGUGGUCAAGUUUGUCCACUUUUGCUUUUUUCUGUUACAUGCUCUUGCAUACAUCGCCCAGGAAGGAACAUGGAGGGGGAAAAAAAGAUGAUUUACUUCCAGGACAGUUCAGCAACAUGGAAAUAAGCACAACAAUGGAGCGCACACAGCCAUUUGAAAGGUUCUUAGGAUUGUAUGUUAAGACAUUAUCCAUGCUUGACAGUAGUGACAAACAUCUGAAGAGAACACUUAACACAAGAGGACUCUCGUCACAAAGUAUACUCUGUCCUGGUUGCAUCUAUCGUUAUUCCAACCUACUUUAGAUGAAACCAUGGCCACUUCCGUAUAAUGAUCCUCAGUGUUCUCAUGGGAACUGUGCUUAAGCAGGUCUCAUGAAAUAUGACAGCUCCUGUAUUUUGGAAAAUAGCAAUAUGGGGCACUGCAUUUGAUGUUUUUUUACUGUAUCCUGAUGAGAAACAUCACAGCACAAAUGAGGCAGAAAUGUAAGAAGCUAACGGAUUUGCCUUGAAUUGUAUCUUGCACAAUUUCAUGCGACAAGUAUAACUGAUCGACUGAUUGGUUGAUAUCAGACGAAUGAGUCAAGAAUUAACCAGAUAGUGCACCCUGCGGCCCCUCUGACUUACUCCAUUAGGACACUAAGGGUGGAGGUGAGGACCCCAUUGGAAUUGUAGGAAUUAUAAUUAUUAUUCUGCUUGGCUUUUGGGGGGUUUUAACAUCCUCUAAAAGUUGUGAAACUCUGAAUAUGCAUCUGGUCUGGUGAAAAUGUAGAUAUUUUAGGGCAUGGCAAAAUAUCUUAGUAGCAGAGUGGAACCCAAUGGUGAGCUUUCACAUAGACAAACAAAACUUGGUAGGCAGAUGUAACAUGUGGAGACGCACCAACAAGCCUCUUGGACCCAUACCCUAAAAUCAACAGGAAGCCAGCCAUCUUGACUUGAAUGUCAAUUUUAGGCCGUAUGAGCUCCAUGGUUGUGGUUGUUUCCAUGAUAUCGAACUGACCAGUAGUACACUGACUUGUUUGUUUCCUGAAAAACUUUUUCGAGAUCCUGCAAAACUAUCGAUAUUUGAUUUUUUUUCUCUUCCCUGUCCCUUCUCGGGCGCCGUACUAGCAGCUAGCAGUGAUUGAACUUUCAGUGUAACAUUUCCUUUGCUUUGCUCUUUCUUUCUUUUUUUUCUUUGCCUUUAAAGGUACAUAUGUUUUGUACAGGAUGUUAAGUUUGAAGCCUAUGUCUGUAGUUUUUCUAAAUACAUUUAUUCAAUGUCUCAAGUGUUUAAAGAAUAAAACAUUUCCUUUUGAAAAGAAGAAAGUUUAUGUGCAUUCUGACAAGUAAUCAGGAGUAUUCAUAUCAGCCUGCAUCAAGUUCAGUCUUUGUCACCGUACUUUUUAUAUUUUUUGUAAAAAAAAAUAAUGUUUUUGAAUUUUGAUAGUGUUCGCUAUUCCUUUGGCUUCUAAGUUCUAUAUGUAAUUUGUGAGAACAGGAUGUUAAUGGCAUUUACUGUACAGAUGGAGCGUAGCAGAUACUACUCUCCUGAACCCCAACUGGAGUGCUACCCAUAUACUAUAAGAUGAAAUCCAUUCAUCAAGUUGAGAUAUUUCUGUUCAGAGUGUAUAACCAAAUAUUAGGUUAUUCAGUGGUUCAGUUGCAACUAACUCUUUUUACAUGUUUGCUUGUGUUACUGUGCAUAAAUUAAAAGCUGCUUCGUACACAA